GCGCGCGAAGACGUUUGAACCGCCGCCAACCCCCAAUACAGCACACAUCUCAACAUCUCAACGACGACAUACCACCGCAGCACCUUGUGUCCUCUCUCUCUCUCUCUCUCUCUCUCGACGACGACGAUCGUGACAGACAACAAGAAGCAGCAGUGGUUGAGUGGGGUAUGGCGCCGUCGCUUCCAAGUACAGCAGAGGCUAUGGAUGACAGAGACAACGAUGGUGUGGUGAACAUUGAGGACGAUGACGACGAAGAAGCCGCCAACAGCCACACCCAGCACAACCACAGCAGCACCAACCACAACAGUGCAGGGAAUGGAACUGCCGCGCCACCGACAUCGUCCGCUGUGGGGACGAAGGUCGCUUCAACGUUUGCGUCCAAUCUUAUGCACGGCAAUGACGGUGUGGACGAUGCCAUGGACAGCGACGAUGAGCUGCACCAGCUGCUGUGCGGAUACGACAAGGAGGAAGAAGAUCUCAGCCACUUUGCCACGCCAAAGCCGCCAGCAACCACACCAGCCACAAGGCCAGAGAACAAGCCCACCACCAGCACCACCACCGCAAAGGCCGCAGCGAGCAUCGCACCGCAUCGUCGGACUUUGACACCGAGUCUUGACGACGAUGACGACGACGAGGAUGAUGACAGCGCUAGGGAGAAGGACGACGACGACGACGAUGACGGUGACUUGCCGUCUGUGAUCCACCCGGUCCGCCAUCCACGAGCGAUUGCAGACUCAAGUGACGAGGACGAAACAGGCGAGGAGGACGAUGACCUACUUGCAGCGUUUGCGUGUGCCGCCGAGGAGCAACAACAGCAACAGCAACACCAGGAGCAACAGCAACAAAAGCAGCAGCAACAGCAGACGCGAAGACAAGGGCAGGGCCGCCGACUGGGCGUUGGCGAGCAACAGUCACGACCUCAGACCGGCAGCCCAACGUUCAAUCGGCGAGUGGGUGGCCGCGUUUCGUCGCACACGCCAAGCGUGUCGUCACACGUGGACACCUCCACCUCAGACGACGAUGAUAAGGACGCCCUCCCACACGUGCUGGCUGGAACCACAUGGAAGCACGACAAGCCACCAACCACUCCAUCAACAACAGACACCGCUGCGCCCCACGCCUCAUCAACUGCGGACGUGGUCGUGGUGGAUGAUGACAACACCAACGGCAACGGCAGCGCUGGCGUCCACGCAAACUCCACGCCAUCAACCAUCACCACAACAACAACGUCAGCCACACGACCAGGCCUCCACACCACAGACCAAUCAGCCGACGCCUCGGCAGCGGAGGAUGUCACCCACGCAUUUGUUUCUGCACUUGAAGCCUACACGCGACUCACACGUCCUGCCAUGUCCUCCACAGCCCUCCACGACAGCGUGUCUGUGCUUGAGCGAAUGGCGCGGGUGCUGGAACAACCGUCCGCCCACAUCUCCACUGCUCCGCUCCUGCGAACCAUCAAGAAGCUCCGGGCGCAGCACCUUCGCGAAGCUCGUCGACCACGCCCCUCCAUCCCACUAGCAGUGUCCACACCCUCACCAACGACAGCAGCAGCAGCAGCAGCAGCGUCAACAGCUACAACAACAACAGGAACGCCCGUGUCUGUCUCUUCGGCGUAUGUCUCAGCGUCGUCCGUGUCGUCUCGCGUGCGCAAACCGUUCUCCCCGCCCUUUCGCUCCCCUACUCGAUCAACCCACCACCACCAACACCAACAGCAGCCGCAGUCGGUGUCGGCGCUGUUGUCGUCUUCGGGUGGCGUUGAUGUGCUGGACACAACAGCAACCAGCAACAGCAGCGAUGGCAUGGGUAGUGCUGCUCUGCUGGAUAUCGAUGACGAUGAUGGUGAUGAUGGUGGUGGUGGCUUUGAUGGUGGCUUUGAUGGUGGCUUUGAUGGUGGCUUUGAUGGUGGGUACAAGCGUGGAUCGUUUGGCAAUCAGAACCCGCACAACACCGGCACCACCACGAUGAGCGCCACACGCGGUGCUAUGGCGCCGUCAACGCCUCUACCAUUGUCAUCAUCGUCGUCGUCGGCGCUGUUGCUGCAGCGGCGCGGCACCACUCGCCCACUCACUUUCGUGCAUGGUGAUGGUGGUGGUGAUGGCGGUGAUGAUAGAGGCGGUGAUGUGGGUGGUGGUGGUGGAGGUGCUUCGUCGACGUUUGAUGCUGCUGCCGCUGGACAGGUUGAAUCGGCCGCAAACAUCAGCACGCGCGGAGAGUUUCGGCAGUUUCUUGCAGAGGGGCGUAGCAAGUACCCAGCCUUCAACCACUUCAACUUUGACCACUCCAUCGAAAUGCUCAAGGCAUUCAAACGCCAACUUGGUCUUCGCAAGUUCCGGCCAAACCAGCUGGAGGCGUGCAACGCCGCGCUCACAGGGCGGGACUGCUUUAUCCUGAUGCCGACCGGUGGCGGCAAGAGCCUGUGCUACCAGCUGCCCGCGCUCACCAAGAAAGGCGUCACUUUCGUCAUCUCUCCGCUCAUCUCCCUCAUACAGGACCAGGUCUCUGCGCUUCGGCAAAACAACAUCCGCGCCCUCUGUCUACUCAGCACUCAGGAUCAGAAGACACAGAGCCAAAUACACCGGACACUGUGCAUGAAGGAUGUGCUGUGCAAACUCAUCUACGUGACACCUGAACGCAUUGCCGCGAGCCACCGCCUCAAGCAGACAAUGCAGAACCUCUACACCCGCGGCCUGCUGUCCCGCUUUGUCAUUGAUGAGGCACACUGCGUCAGCCAGUGGGGGCACGACUUCCGCCCAGACUACAAGCGGCUGUCGUGUCUACGGGAAUGGUUCCCAACGGUUCCCAUGAUGGCCCUGACGGCCACAGCAACAAAACGCGUCAAACGCGAUAUCCUGAUGAACCUGAAGAUGACCAACGCCCUCGUCUUUGAGCAGAGCUUCAACCGGCCCAACCUCUUCUACGAAGUGCGCAAGAAGUCAAGCUACAAGAAGUGUGUUGAGGAGAUUGGCAAAGAGAUACGCACGCGCUUCCGCAACAAGUGCGGCAUUGUGUAUUGUCUCUCGCGCAAGGAGUGUGAGACCGUCUCACAGGCCCUCAACCAAUCCGGGCACAAGUCGCUGUUCUAUCAUGCGGGAAUGGACCCGGCAGACCGUGAGGCGUACCAGGACCAGUGGCAGAGCGGGAAGGUGAACAUCAUGUGCGCCACCAUCGCCUUUGGCAUGGGCAUCGACAAGCCCGACGUUCGGUUUGUGUUCCACUUCUCGCUGCCAAAGUCGAUGGAAGGGUACUACCAGGAGGCAGGUCGCGCCGGGCGUGACGGGAAGCCGGCGGUGUGCGUGCUGUACUACAACUACGGCGAUAAGGCCAAGCACAUGCGCCUGAUUGACAUUGGCGAGGGAUCCUACGAGCAGAAGGAGCAGCACAGAUCAAACCUGAACCAGGUGGUGCAAUACUGCGAGAACUUCCAGGACUGUCGACGAGUGCAGCAGCUGGCGUACUUUGGCGAGGACUUUGACAAGCGCGACUGCAGGAACAACUGUGACGUGUGCAAGAGUCGUCGUGUGUUUGAACAGAGAGAUGUCACCGACGCCGCUCUCAACCUCACCAGCAUUGCCAAGGAGCUUGCCCGGGACAACGUGACGCUGAUCAUGGUUGUGGAUGUGUUCCGCGGCGCCAACACCGCCCGUGUGCAUCGUUCGGGCUACGACAGCGUCGCCCAGUUUGCGUCCGGCUCCAAGUUCGCCAAACAUGACGCAGAACGGCUUGCGCGCAAGCUUGUGAUGGACAACGUGUUGCAAGAGAGCCACCAGGUGACACCGCACGGGGCAAUCGUGUCGUACGUGACGCCUGGCCGCCGCGCGUAUGACCUGUUGUCGGGCCGCAUGUCCGUCAAGCUGUCGAUGGCUGGCAAGAAGCGGCGCGACAACAACGACACCAACGCGGGCGAUGCAGACGGCGUCACAUCGGAGAGCGAGCGCAUCACGGAGAAGCUCAAGGAGGCGCUGAUUACGCUGCGGAAGACAAUUGCGGCAGAGCAGCACUGCAGCGUCAAGACCAUCUUCACCGAUUUGCAGAUUAUGAAGAUGGCAGAGGAACGCCCGCUCUCGCUCACGGCCUUCGGCGAAUGCGAGGGUGUGACAGAUGCCAAGUUGAAGGCGUAUGGGCGCCGGUUUGUGGACACGGUGCUGGAGCAUGCGCAGGCGUGGCAGUCGACCGGCAAGGACGCAGGGCGGAGCACGCACUUCAAGGAUCGAACGAACCAGAAGUCUUCAUCAUCCUCCUCCUCCUCCUCCUCCUCCUCCUCCUCCUCGUCAAAGGGAACGGGCCUGAGGCGGUUGAGACGGUCGUCGACAAAGACAAAGACGAAAUCGACACCAGCAGCAACAGCAGCAACAGGCAGUCGGGCAGGCGGUAAAGCGAGUACUGGUACAACAUCAUCUCUAUCUUCGUCGUCAUCAUCGUCGUUGUCGCGUGCUGUGAGUGUCGGUGGCGUCUCUGCCAUUCGUCGAUUGCCAACAGCAGCACCCGCCAACCGCCCAAAGAAGGCGAAGAAAAAGCCGUUUUGAAAGUGGCGGUGAUGUGUGCUGCCGUACAUGUGGCUGAUGACACUUGGUGUUGGGGGUGUAUCAUACGACAGUGUUAGGCGUUCUGUUGUUACAACUUCAUAUCAUUUGGUUUGCCC